CUUCUUCUAUUGGCUGGUUAAAGAUGUAGCUGUUCUCUUCUUCUAUUGGCUGGUUAAAGAUGUAGCUGUUCUCUUCUUCUAUUGGCUGGUUAAAGCUGUAGUUGUUCUCUUCUUCUAUUGGCUGAUUAAAGAUGUACCUGUUCUCUUCUUCUAUUGGCUGAUUAAAGAUGUAGUUCUCUUCUUCUAUUGGCUGAUUAAAGCUGUAGUUGUUAUCUUCUUCUCUUGGCUGGUUAAAGAUGUGGCUGUUCACUUCUUCUAUUGGCUGAUUAAAGAUGUAGUUCUCUUCUUCUAUUGGCUGAUUAAAGAUGUAGUUCUCUUCUUCUAUUGGCUGAUUAAAGAUGUAGUUCUCUUCUUCUAUUGGCUGAUUAAAGCUGUAGUUGUUCUCUUCUUCUAUUGGCUGGUUAAAGAUGUAGCUGCUCUCUUCUUCUAUUGGCUGAUUAAAGAUUUAGUUAUCUUCUUCUAUUGGCUGAUUAAAGCUGUAGUUCUCUUCUUCUAUUGGCUGAUUAAAGCUGUAGUUCUCUUCUUCUAUUGGCUGAUUAAAGAUGUAGUUCUCUUCUUCUAUUGGCUGAUUAAAGAUGUAGUUCUCUUCUUCUAUUGGCUGGUUAAAGAUGUAGUUCUCUUCUUCUAUUGGCUGAUUAAAGCUGUAGUUCUCUUCUUCUAUUGGCUGGUUAAAGAUGUAGUUCUCUUCUUCUAUUGGCUGAUUAAAGAUGUUAGUUCUCUUCUUCUAUUGGCUGGUUAAAGAUGUACUUCUCUUCUUCUGUUGGCUGAUUAAAGAUGUAGUUCUCUUCUUCUAUUGGCUGAUUAAAGAUGUAGUUCUCUUCUUCUAUUGGCUGAUUAAAUAUGUAGUUCUCUUCUUCUAUUGGCUGGUUAAAGAUGUAGUUCUCUUCUUCUAUUGGCUGAUUAAAGAUGUAGUUCUGUGUUAUUACUACUCUCUACAGCACAGGAGGCUGGUGGCACCUUAAUUAGGGAGGACAGGCUCGUGGUAAAGGCUGGAGCGGAAUAGGUGGAAUGGUUGGGGAGGACAGGCUCGUGGUAAAGGCUGGAGCGGAAUAGGUGGAAUGGUAUCAAAUACAUGAAACACAUGGUUUCCAGGCGUUUGAUGCCAUUCCAUUGGCUCCUCUCCAACCAGUAUUAUGAGCCGUCCUCCCCUCAGCAGCAUCCUGUGCUCUACAAUUAGUAUUGGUUUGAUUCAGUGUUCAUAUUAAUAAUACGUCUUAAUAAUGGGAGACAACAAGGUGUUGUUAAUAAGGAACUUGUAAUAGCUUUGUAGAUGUUCAGUGUUAUUCUAGCUGGUAUUUCAAUUAACAACUGAAACAACCUGUGUCUGAUGUGAAUAAUGGUGAAUCAUUAGGACCUUUAAUGUGUUUAUAACCUCUUAAUUUGUCCUGUGUGAUUAAAAGACCAUGACUAUCAAACUAACGAUACAAAGCAAUUACCUCAGCUUCUCCCAGAAGACAUUGCAGAUUGUUGAUCAAAAUGGAGACCCGUGGGUGCGUCCCAAAUGACACCCUAUUCCAUUUAUUAGUGCACUACUUUUGACCAGGUCCCUCUGGAUCCCAAAGGGUGCUAUUAUGGGACUCACAUCUAAUCUAAUUAUGUAUUACAUGUCUGGUAGUGCACACACACACAGACACACACACACACCGAGUCUGGGAAACCCUGGGAUAUAUGACCUCCAUGUCCUUGGCUCUCCACUGUAGAGGUCAUCUAGACAGAAUAGAUGACCUCCAUGCCCUUGGCUCUCCACUGUAGAGGUCAUCUAGACAUAAUAUAGGACCACCAUGCCCUUGGCUCUCCACUGUAGAGGUCAUCUGACCUCCAUGCCUUUGGCUAAUCCACUGUAGAGGUCAUCUGACCACCAUGUCCUUGGCUCUCCACUGUAGAGGUCAUCUGACCACCAUGCCUUUGGCUAAUCCACUGUAGAGGUCAUCUAGACAGAAUAAUAAAUGAGGCUCAUUUGGUGAAUUUGACUUUGAGCAAUAAACAUGCCCUCUCAACUUUAACUGGUGAAAAAAAUCAGGAUGAAGAAUGUUAUUCAGCAUAUUUAAUGCAUAAAUGCAAAGAUAUACAGUAAUACCAAUGCACUAGAGAAUUAAUUAACUUAAUAUGCAAGUCAGCGGUGUAUCUGAAUAUUUUAUCCAUGUCAAGUAAAAAAUAACAAUUUUCAGGAUUGAUUGGAGAGAGUAGUGAGACGAUUUGUCUGUGGUGAUAUGUUCACUGAAGUGUGACUGGUCUGUGGUGAUAUGUUCAUUGAGGUGUGACUGGUCUGUGGUGAUAUGUUCAUUGAAGUGUGACUGGUAUGUGGUGAUAUGUUCAUUGAAGUGUGACUGGUCUGUGGUGAUAUGUUCAUUGAGGUGUGACUGGUCUGUGGUGAUAUGUUCAUUGAGGUGUGACUGGUCUGUGGUGAUAUGUUCACUGAAGUAUGACUGGUCUGUGGUGAUAUGUUCACUGAAGUGUGACUGGCGUCUUCUGAAGCUGAAGUAGCACCAUGCUGCUAACAAAAAGGUCAUCCCAAACCUGUCAUCUCUCACACAGCGUUUCAAACACACGGACGCACACACUCACACUCGCAACACACAGGUACACACACGCAAGCAUGCACACACCACACACACACACACACACACACACACACACACACACACACACACACCUUUCUCAGAUAGGUCAUCUGACACAUGAGAGCACAUCCAGCGUAUCCCACUCAGCAGUAGUAGCUGCUGAUACAGCCUGCCAGCCACAGGAGAGCACAGGGAGAGGCCUCUUCAUUUAAUAAAUUAUACAUUCUUAAUCCUGCCUCCGCAAGGCACAGUUGGCCGUCCCUUCAGACACCCUGUCUAGCCCUAACUACAGCCACUCCCAUCUAGCCCUAUCUGCACUAGCCCUAUCUGCAGACACUCCUUUCUAGCCCUAUCUGCAGACACUCCCAUCUAGCCCUAUCUGCAGACACUCCCAUCUAGCCCUAUCUGCAGACACUCCCAUCUAGCCCUAUCUGCAGACACUCCCAUCUAGCCCUAUCUGCAGACACUCCCAUCUAGCCCUAUCUGCAGACAAUCCCAUCUAGCCCUAUCUGCAGACACUCCCAUCUAGCCGUACAUACAGACACUUCCAUCUAGCCGUACGUACAUACACACAGGCUAUGUUUCAUAUGGCACCCCUCUACAAAGUAGAGACAAACUCCUCCCAUCUGAAGGAAUAUGAACUAUAUUGGAUCCUAUGACUGUGUGUCUCAUGGUCCAGUGUGUCUGUGUGUCCCAGCGAUGUGUGUCUCAUGUUCCAGUGUCCCCCAGCGAUGUGUGUCUCAUGGUCCAGUGUCCCCCAGCGAUGUGCGUCUCAUGGUCCAGUGUCCCCCAGCGAUGUGUGUCUCAUGGUCCAGUGUCCCCCAGCGAUGUGUGUCUCAUGGUCCAGUGUCCCCCAGCGAUGUGUGUCUCAUGGUCCAGUGUCCCCCAGCGAUGUGCGUCUCAUGGUCCAGUGUCCCCCAGCGAUGUGUGUCUCAUGGUCCAGUGUCCCCCAGCGAUGUGCGUCUCAUGGUCCAUUGUCCCCCAGCGAUGUGUGUCUCAUGGUCCAGUGUGUCUGUGUCCCCCAGCGAUGUGUGUCUCAUGGUCCAGUGUCCCCCAGCGAUGUGCGUCUCAUGGUCCAGUGUCCCCCAGCGAUGUGUGUCUCAUGGUCCAGUGUGUCUGUGUCCCCCAGCGAUGUGUGUCUCAUGGUCCAGUGUCCCCCAGCGAUGUGCGUCUCAUGGUCCAGUGUCCCCCAGCGAUGUGUGUCUCAUGGUCCAGUGUCCGUCUGUGUCCCCCAGCGAUGUGUGUGUGUGUGUGUGUUUACUAUGUGUUCACUGUGUGUCUGUGUUCCCCAGCGUUGAGGGACAACCGGAUCGAGCUGGUUCGGGCAUCGUGGGCGGAGCUUACCAUCAGCAUCAGUGACAUCAGCCUAUCAGACGAGGGCCAGUACACGUGCUCCCUGUUCACCAUGCCUGUCAGGACCACCAAGGCCUUCCUCACUGUACUGGGUGAGUGUCGUGUUUAACUAUACUAUUGACAAACUGGGGACCUCACAAGGUCACAUGCUAUUUACAUUUACAUUUUAGUCAUUUAGCAGACGCUCUUAUCCAGAGCGACUUACAGAAGCAAUUAGGGUUAAGUGCCUUGCUCAAGGGCACAUCGACAGAUUUUUCACCUAGUCGGCUCGGGGAUUAGAACCAGCGACCUUUCGGUUACUGGCACAACGCUCUUACCCACUAAGCUACCUGCCGCCCAGGGAGUGUAUGGUUAAGGUUACAAUUAGUGGUAGGGUUAGAAUUCGGUUUAGGGUUAGAGUUAAGGUUAGGUUUUUGGGUUAGGGUUAGGUUCGCCUCCUGAGUGGCGCAGGUGGUCUAAGGCUGUGCCAUUAAAGAUCCUGGUUCGAAUCCAGGCUCUGUCGUAGCCGGCCGCGACCGGGAGACCCAUGGGGCGGCGCACAAUUGGCCCAGCGUCAUCCAGGGUAGGGGAGGGAAUGGCCGGCAGGGAUGUUUGCAACGCCAGGGUUGUGGGUUCGUUUCCCACGGGGGGCCAGUAUGAAAAAUUUUAAAAAAUCAUAUAUGCACUCAAUCAUAUAUGCACUCUGGAUAAGAGCGUCUGCUAAAUGACAAAAAUGUAAAUGUUUAGGAGUUAGGGAAAAUAGUAUUUUCAAUGGAACUGAAUUGUAUGUCCCCACAAGGUUAGCUGUACAAGACUGUGUGUGUGUGUGUGUGUGUGUGUGUGUGAGAGAGACUUAAUGUAUGGAUUAGGGUGGAUCCCUACGCACUUUAGGACAGACAAUUACACAGUGCUAAUGCUCCUAACUCAGACAGCAGUAGUCGUUUAAUGAUCCCUUAAAGGUUGAUGAAAGCAUAUUGAUUGUUAUAGGCAAGAAGGCAUCUCACUGUACAUCAAGAAUACAUGUUGAUUAUGGUUAUUAGAAGGGCAUACAGUAUUUGUAAUGACAUAAUAGGGUUUUAAGUGGCUAACCUAACGUGAUGUUAUGUCAAUGCAUUUCUUGUUGACUGGUGUUUUGCUGUUGUUGAUUUUGGUGUUCUUUAUGGAUUGUUGUUGUCCUGCAGGAGUCCCAGAGCGCCCAGAGAUCACAGGGUUCACUAAGCCAGCCAUGGAGGGAGAUGAGAUCACUCUGAUCUGCACCACAUCCGGCAGCAAGCCUGCAGCGCACAUCCGCUGGUUCAGGAACGACAAGGAAGUAACAGGUAUGGGCAGAAUGUAACAACAAGGAAGUACAAGGUAUGGGCAGAAUGUAACAACAAGGAAGUACAAGGUAUGGGCAGAAUGUAAUAACAAGGAAGUACAAGGUAUGGGCAGAAUGUAACAACAAGGAAGUACAAGGUAUUGGGCAGAAUGUAACAACAAGCAAGUACAAGGUAUGGGCAGAAUGUAAUAACAAGGAAGUACAAGGUAUGGGCAGAAUGUAACAACAAGGAAGUACAAGGUAUGGGCAGAAUGUAACAACAAGGAAGUACAAGGUAUUGGGCAGAAUGUAACAACACGGAAGUACAAGGUAUGGGCAGAAUGUAACAACAAGGAAGUACAAGGUAUGGGCAGAAUGUAAUAACAAGGAAGUACAAGGUAUGGGCAGAAUGUGACAACAAGGAAGUACAAUGUACAGUGAGGGAAAAAAGUAUUUGAUCCCCUGCUGAUUUUGUACGUUUGCCCACUGACAAAGAAAUUAUCAGUCUAUAAUUUGAAUGGUAGGUUUAUUUGAAUAGUGAAAGACAGAAUAACAACAACAAAUCCAGAAAAAACGCAUGUCAAAAAUGUUAUAAAUUGAUUUGCAUUUUAAUGGGGGAAAUACGUAUUUGACCCCCAGGAAUGGCUAAAGGAUUGCAAUAUUUACCUGAAGCUAACCUUGCAGAUAGCAUUACUGGGUGAUCUGAAAAGUCAUAGUCAAUCAAUCAAUAAUAUAAUAAUACUUUUAGCAAAAAUGUUUAUUUUUAAUUCACAAUCUGUAGAAGCAAUGAGAAUAGAAAGGUUCUGAACUUUUGUAAAACAUCACAGUACGGUUGAAAUAUAUAUGGCAAAUAGAAAUCCUAUAUGGUUGGUGUUAAAAGAUAGAUGGGAGGUAUUGAAUGGAAUUGAAGGAUGGGACUAAUAACAAAUAACAAUAAAAAAUAACAAGAUAACUAAUCAUGUAAGCAUACUGUGUCCAUAAUAAGUAUAUAGAUUGUAUGUUGGGAGCUUUUGGGAAAGAGCACAGUUAGAAAGAUAUGGCAUAUAGAAGCAAACCGGAUGGACAUCAUGAAAAUGAUCGGAGAGGUUGAGAGUAGAAGAAGUUCAGGAGCAAAAACAAAUAAAAUAGAAUUAUUGUAAAAUUGAAUGUGUUCAUAAGGUGUAGAUAGUAAGUAUAGGCUGGAAGUAGAGGCCUGGGCAUUGUUGUUCACUAAUUUACCCCAAGUAGGGAAAGGAUGGCGGGGUUGAAAAGUAAUAAAGGGGAGUAUAUAUAUAAAAAACAUGGGGGAUUGGAAGUGAUGCAGACAAUUACAUUGAUGGAAGUUACAAUCUAUCUGCAAUAUUAAGCUGAUCUACCCACCCAAAAAAAAAAAAAAAAGACAAAAAUAAAUAAAUAAAAAGAUAACAUUAAAAUGAUAAAAUAUAUAAAAAACAAUCAGAAAGAUUUCUGGCUCCCAGGUGUCUUUUAUACAGGUAACGAGCUGAGAUUAGGAGCACACUCUUAAAGGGAGUGCUCCUAAUCUCAGCUUGUUACCUGUAUAAAAGACACCUGUCCACAGAAGCAAUCAAUCAAUCAGAUUCCAAACUCUCCACCAUGGCCAAGACCAAAGAGCUCUCCAAGGAUGUCAGGGACAAGAUUGUAGACCUACACAAGGCUGGAAUGGGCUACAAGACCAUCGCCAAGCAGCUUGGUGAGAAGGUGACAACAGUUGGUGUGAUUAUUCGCAAAUGGAAGAAACACAAAAUAACUGUCAAUCUCCCUCGGCCAAGAUCUCACCUCGUGGAGUUGCAAUGAUCAUGAGAACGGUGAGGAAUCAGCCCAGAACUACACGGGAGGAUCUUGUCAAUGAUCUCAAGGCAGCUGGGACCAUAGUCAUCAAGAAAACAAUUGGUAGCACACUACGCCGUGAAGGACUGAAAUCCUGCAGCGCCCGCAAGGUCCCACAGCUCAAGAAAGCACAUAUACAGGGCCGUCUGAAGUUUGCCAAUGAACAUCUGAAUGAUUCAGAGGAGAACUGGGUGAAAGUGUUGUGGUCAGAUGAGACCAAAAUCAAGCUCUUUGGCAUCAACUCAACUCGCCGUGUUUGGAGGAGGAGGAAUGCUUCCUAUGACCCCAAGAACACCAUCCCCACCGUCAAACAUGGAGGUGGAAACAUUAUGCUUUGGGGGUGUUUUUCUGCUAAGGGGACAGGACAACUUCACCGCAUCAAAGGGACGAUGGACGGGGCCAUGUACCGUCAAAUCUUGGGUGAGAACCUCCUUCCCUCAGCCAGCGCAUUGAAAAUGGGUCGUAGAUGGGUAUUCCAGCAUGACAAUUACCCAAAACACACGGCCAAGGCAACAAAGGAGUGGCUCAAGAAGAAGCACAUUAAGGUCCUGGAGUGGCCUAGCCAGUCUCCAGACCUUAAUCCCAUAGAAAAUCUAUGGAGGGAGCUGAAGGUUCGAGUUGCCAAACGUCAGCCUCGAAACCUUAAUGACUUGGAGAAGUUCUGCAAAGAGGAGUGGGACAAAAUCCCUCCUGAGAUGUGUGCAAACCUGGUGGCCAACUACAAGAAACGUCUGACCUCUGUGAUUGCCAACAAGGGUUUUGCCACCAAGUACUAAGUCAUGUUUUGCAGAGGGGUCAAAUACUUAUUUCCCUCAUUAAAAUGCAAAUCAAUUUAUAAAAUUUUUGACAUGCGUUUUUCUGGAUUUUUUGUUGUUAUUCUGUCUCUCACUGUUCAAAUAAACCUACCAUUAAAAUUAUAGACUGAUCAUGUCUUUGUCAGUGGGCAAACGUACAAAAUCAGAAGGGGAUCAAAUACUUUUUUCCCUCACUGUAUGGGCAGAAUGUAAAAACAAGGAAGUACAAGGUAUUGGGCAGAAUGUGACAACAAGGAAGUACAAGGUAUGGGCAGAAUGUGACAACAAGGAAGUACAAGGUAUUGGGCAGAAUGUAAUAAUAAUAAGCCAUUUAGCAGACGCUUCUAUCCAAAGUGACUUACAGUCACACGUGCAUACAUUUUUGUGUAUGGGUGGUCCCGGGGAUCGAACCCACUACCUUGGCGUUACAAGCGCCGUGCUCUACCAGCUGAGCUACAGAGGACCACAACAAGGAAGUUCAAGGUAACAACAAGGAAGUUCAAGGUAUUGGGCAGAAUGUGACAACAAGGAAGUACAAGGUACGGGAAAAAUAUAACAACAACGAAUGUAGAAAAGCGCCACCAUGUGGUGGUCUCCGAUAGUGUUGCCGGUUUAGAUUAUAGGUGCAACUGUCCCAGUAGGAAACAGGACAGAACACAUGUUUAUUACCACACUCAAGACAAGCACAGGAAGCAGGAAGUGGUAAUUAUUUAAUUUUUUUCUGCUGGUCAGAGGGAGCAGGCAAGGAAGUGAUUCCUGGGGUAGCGGUAAAUUGUCAAAGUUGACUAACUGAAGGGGAAGAUUUUCGGUGUUUGUGAUGCUCGUCGUUUGGUGAAACAGAAGAGUCAUUGUCUAUUCUUUUGAGUUUUGAUGUUGAGUCUUUGCCCCGACAAAGUGAUGUUAGGAUAUACAGUUGAAGUCGGAAGUUUACAUACACUUAGGUUUGGAGUCAGUAAAACUCGUUUUUCAACCACUCCACAAAUGUCUUGUUAACAAACGAUAGUUUUAGCAAGUUGGUUAGGACAUCUACUUUGUGCAUGACACAAGUAUUUUUUCCAACAAUUGUUUACAGACAGAUAAUUUCACUUAUAAUUCACUGUAUCAAUUCCAAGACCUCAGAAACAUUCUUUUAGACCUCCACAAGUCUGGUUCAUCCUUGGGAGCAAUUUCCAAACGCCUGAAGGUACCACGUUCAUUGUACAAACAAUAGUACGCAAGUAUAAACACCAUGGGACCAUGCAGCCGUCAUACCGCUCAGGAAGGAGACGCGUUCUGUCUCCUAGAGAUGAACGUACUUUGGUGCGAAAAGUACAAAUCAAUCCCAGAACAACAGCAAAGGACCUUGUGAAGAUGCUGGAGGAAACAGGUACAAAAGUAUCUAUAUCCACAGUAAAACGAGUCCUAUAUCGACAUAACCUGAAAGGCCGCUCAGCAAGGAAGAAGCCACUGCUCCAAAACCGCCAUAAAAAAGCCAGACUACGGUUUGCAACUGCACAUGGGGACAAAGAUCGUACUUUUUGGAGAAAUGUCCUCUGGUCUGAUGAAACAAAAAUAGAACUGUUUGGCCUUAAUGACCAUCGUUAUGUUUGGAGGAAAAAGGGGGAUGCUUGGAAGCCGAAGAACACCAUCCCAACCGUGAAGCACAGGGGUGGCAACAUCAUGCUUUGGGGGUGCUUUGCUGCAGAAGGGACUGGUGCACUUCACAAAAUAGAUGCCAUCAUGAGGAAGGAAAAUUAUGUGGAUAUAUUGAAGCAACAUCUCAAGACAUCAGUCAGGAAGUUAAAGCUUGGUCGCAAAUGGGUCUUCCAAAUGGACAAUGAACCCCAAGCAUACUUCCAAAGUUGUGGCAAAAUGGCUUAAGGACAACAAAGUCAAGGUAUUGGAGUGGCCAUCACAAAGCCCUGACCUCAAUCCUAUAGAACAUUUGUGGGCAGAACUGAAAAAGCAUGUGUGAGCAAGGAGGCCUACAAACCUGACUCAGUUACACCAGCUCUGUCACGAGGAAUGGGCCAAAAUUCACACAACUUAUUGUGGGAAGCUUGUGGAAGGCUACCCGAAAUGUUUGACCCAAGUUAAACAAUUUAAAGGCAAUGUUACCAAAUACUAAUUGAGUGUAUGUAAACUUCUGACCCACUGGGAAUGUGAUGAAAGAAAUAAAAGCUGAAAUAAAUCAUUCUCUCUACUAUUAUUCUGACAUUUCACAUUCUUAAAAUAAAGUGGUGAUCCUAACUGACCUAAGACAGGGAAUUUUUACCAGGAUUAAAUGUCAGGAAUUGUGAAAAACUGAGUUUAAAUGUAUUUGGCUAAGGUGUAUGUAAACUUCCGACUUCAACUCUACAAGUUAUCCUGUAUGAGCUUUUGUGCCGAAUACAUGACGUUGUUACAGGGACAAUGCAAAUAGUCCGGGUAGCCAUUUGAUUAGCUGUUCAUGAGUCUUAUGGCUUGGGGGUAGAAGCUGUUAAGAAGCCUUUUGGACCUAGACUUGGCGCUCCGGUACCGCUUGCCAUGCGGUAGCAGAGAGAACAGUCUAUGACUAGGGUGGCUGGAGUCUUUGACCAUUUUUUAGGGCCUUCCUCUGACACCGCCUGGUAUAGAGGUCCUGGAUGGCAGGAAGCUUGGCCCCAGUGAUGUACUGGGCCGUAAGCACUACCCUCUGUAGUGCCUUGCGGUCAGAGGCCGAGCAGUUGCCAAACCAGGCAGUGAUGCAACCAGUCAGGAUGCUCUCGAUGGUGCAGCUGUAGAACCUUUUGAGGAUCUGAGGGGGAAUAGGCUUUGUGAAUGGGAGUAGACAAAGAAGAGCUUCAAAGGCCAUUUUCUCAAAAGUGGGGUUACAAGUUGAUCAACUUUCAAAGCAGAAUCACUUUCCCAUUGUUCCUCAACUGCAGUGUAUGAUAUACCAUUUUUUUUUAGCUCUGAGUAUCUACUUUUAAACCAUGUAAAAAACACAAUUUUAAAAUUUUGCCACACAGGACCGAAUCGAGCCGGUCGGUCACAAUUAAGUCAGGCUGAGUUGGGGAAUGAUAACCUCUGCUGCAGCUGAAAAGGCACACAGAGUUAGUCUCUAUGUCCUAGCCAGAGAGAGGUGAGUGUUUUGGGCAGAUUGUUACAAGGAAGUACAAGGGAUUGGGUAGAACGUAAAAGAGAUGGCUCAGUGAACGAUCCUCCCGUGUUGAGUAACUUUGCCUGAGUUCUGAAGUUUAGACCAAUGCCUAGACUUUAGCUCAAAGGGCAAACACAGCCUUGUGGCGUUCAUUCACAGUCAAUAAAAAAUUGAUAUACAGUGUUAUAAGAUGGGACGUUUUUUUCUCGAUUUCAUUUUAAUAGAAUCCUUAGAUGACUUUAGUCUUAAUGUGUCUUUAACCCGCUGGCUCUGAGGAGUCUGGGUGUGAUGCUUGGUCUUUGUUAAAGAGUUAUAGAAGGAGCGGUAGUUCCUGCCGGUUGUGUCUGGGUCUGAGUGUGCUUCCCAAAUAGCACCCUAUUCCGUAUUAAGUCCUAUUGGCCCUGGUCAAAAGUAGUGCACUUCUGGUCCUGGUCCCAGGGAGCAGGGAGCAAGGAGCAAGGAGCAGGGAGCAAGGAGCAGGGAGCAGGGAGCAAGGAGCAGGGAGCAGGGAGCAGGGAGCAAGGAGCAAGGAGCAAGGAGCAGGGAGCAGGGAGCAAGGAGAAGGAGCAGGGAGCAGGGAGCAAGGAGCAGGGAGCAGGGAGCAAGGAGCAAGGAGCAGGGAGCAAGGAGCAGGGAGGAGGGAGCAAGGAGCAGGGAGCAAGGAGCAGGGAGCAAGGAGCAAGGAGCAGGGAGCAAGGAGCAGGGAGCAAGGAGCAGGGAGCAGGGAGCAGGGAGGAGGGAGGAGGGAGGAGGGAGCAGGGAGGAGGGAGGAGGGAGCAGGGAGCAAGGAGCAGGGAGGAGGGAGGAGGGAGGAGGGAGCAGGGAGCAAGGAGCAGGGAGGAGGGAGGAGGGAGCAGGGAGCAGGGAGCAGGGAGCAAGGAGCAGGGAGCAAGGAGCAGGGAGGAGGGAGCAGGGAGCAAGGAGCAGGGAGGAGGGAGGAGGGAGCAGGGAGCAAGGAGCAGGCAGGAGGGAACAGGGAGCAGGGAGCAGGGAGCAGGGAGGAGGGAGGAGGGAGCAGGGAGCAGGGAGCAAGGAGCAGGGAGCAGGGAGCAAGGAGCAGGGAGCAGGGAGCAAGGAGCAGGGAGUAGGGAGCAAGGAGCAGGGAGCAGGGAGCAGGGAGCAAGGAGCAGGGAGCAGGGAGCAGGGAGCAAGGAGCAGGGAGCAGGGAGCAGGGAGCAGGGAGCAGGGAGCAGGGAGCAAGGAGCAGGGAGCAGCCGUUCCUGGUGGGUUGUGUCUAUGUCUCCGUCUGCGUCUCUGUCUGUGUCUACCCAAUGUGUCUGGGUGAUUAAUGGAGGAGGCUGUGGUAUGAGACUCUCUGAUUGAGAUGACGCUCACGUACAAAACACGUAGCUCACAGCUCACGUAGCCCACACGAAAUGCCAGCAGUUAGCUGGCACACAGCAUCACAACCAGUCUGUUUCAAAAUGAAAAUCAUCUAUCUUUCUCACGCUCCCUCCCUCUCGCUAUCCCUCACUCUGUCUCUCGCUCACCCUUUCUCUGUUUAUCUCACGCUUUGUCCUUCUCUCUUUUCCCCCCUCUUCCCCCCACUUCUCUGGCUAAAAUUAAAAGAUUGAGUCCAACAACCCACGGACUAACAACACUCAGUACUAGAGCUAUAAAACAGCAUUCUGUAUAAGGGUCUUUCUAUAAAAGAGGGUAGCAAUGGGUCUUUCUAUAAAACUAGGGUACCUGUGAGCAUUUCUUGUAGUGGACAACUGUUUGGAGCUGUUACAAAGUAAUGAUUAAUAAUUAGCCUUUUUUUUUACAUUAAGAUAUGAAGGGGGAACAUAGAUAUACAGUUCCUUGCAAAAGUAUUCAUCCUAUUUUUUGUUGCAUUACAACCUGUAAUUUAAAUGGAUUUUUAUUUGGAUUUAAUGUAAUGGACAGACACAAAAUAGUAAAAAUUGGUGAAGUGGAAUUAAAAAAAUAACUUGUUUCAAAGAAUUCUAAAAAAUAAAUAACGGAAAAGUGGUGCGUGCAUAUGGAUUCACCCCCUUUUCUAUGAAGCCCCUAAAUAAGAUCUGGUGCAACCAAUUACCUUCAGAAGUCACAUAAUUAGUUAAAUAAAGUCCACUUGUGUGCAAUCUAAGUGUCACAUGAUCUGUCACAUGAUCUCAGUAUAUAUAUACCUGUUCUGAAAGGCCCCAGAGUCUGCAACACCACUAAGCAAGGGGCACCACCAAGCAAGCGGCACCAUGAAGACCAAAGAGCUCUCCAAACAGGUCAGGGACAAAGUUGUGGAGAAGUACAGAUCAGGGUUGGGUUAUAAAAAAAAAAUCUGAAACUUUGAACAUCUCACGGAGCACCAUUAAAUCCAUUAUUAAAAAAUGGAAAGAAUAUGGCACCACAACAAACCUGCCAAGAGAGGGCCGCCCACCAAAACUCACGGACCAGGCAAGGAGGGCAUUAAUCAGAGAGGCAACACAUAAUAAUAAUAAUAAUAAUAUGCCAUUUAGCAGACGCUUUUAUCCAAAGCGACUUACAGUCAUGUGUGCAUACAUUUUUACGUAUGGGUGGUCCCGGGGACAAAGACAAAGACACCAAAGAUAACCCUGAAGGAGCUGCAAAGCUCCACAGCGGAGAUUGGAUUAUCUGUCCAUAUAACCACUUUAAGCCGUACUUUAAGUGGCCAGAAAAAAGCCAUUGCUUAAAGAAAAAAAUAACCAAACAUGUUUGGUGUUCGCCAAAAGGCAUGUGGGAGACUCCCCAAACAUAUGGAAGAAGGUACUCUGGUCAGAUGAGACUAAAAUUGAGCUUUUUGGCCAUCAAGGAAAAUGCUAUGUCUGGUGCAAACCCAACACCUCUCAUCACCCCGAGAACACAUUUACAUUUACAUUUUCCUUGAUGGCCAAAAGUGAAGCAUGGUGGUGGCAGCAUCAUGCUGUGGGGAUCUUUUCAUCGGCAGGGAUUGGGAAACUGGUCAGAAUUGAAGGAAUGAUGGAUGGCACUAAAUACACGGAAAUUCUUGAGGGAUACCUGUUUCAGUCUUCCAAAGAUUUGAGACUGGGACGGCGGUUCAUUUUACAGCAGGACAAUGACCCUAAGCAUAAUGCUAAAGCAACACUUGAGUGGUUUAAGGGGAAAUAUUUAAAUGUCUUGGAAUGGCCUAGUCAAAGCCCAGACCUCAAUCCAAUUGAGAAUCUGUGGUAUGACUUAAAGAUUGCUGUACACCAGUGGAACCCAUCCAACUUGAAGGAGCUGGAGUAGUUUUCCCUUGAAGAAUGGGCGAAAAUCCCAGUGGGUAGAUGUGCCAAGCUUAUAGAGACAUACCCCAAGAGACUUGUAGCUGUAAUUGCUGCAAAAGGUGGCUCUACAAAGUAUUGACAUUGGGGGGGUGAAUAGUUAUGCACGCUCAAGUUUUCUGUUUUUUUGUCUUAUUUCUUAUUUGUUUCACAAAUUUUUUUAUUUUGCAUCUUCAAAGUGGUAGGCAUGUUGUGUAAAUCAAAUGAUACAUACCCCCCCCCCCCCCCCCCCAAAAAAAAAAAAAAUAUAUAUAUUUUUUAUUGUAAGGCAACAAAAUAGGAAAAAUGCCAAGGGGGGUGAAUACUUUCACAAGCCACUGUAGACAUUCAAUAUAAUUCAUGAGUUGAAUCAAAUCCUAUGUUUAACCCCUUUCUCAUACUUCAUAGAUUUGGCAAAAAUCGUGUGACAUAAAACACUACCUUUCUUUCCUUACGUUUAUGAUAAUGCUGUUUGUCGUUAUAUCAUAUACUAAGCAUUUAACAAUUGAAUUACACAUUGACCUUGAUCCUGUGACAUUCCUGGAUAUUGCUGUCAGACUCUUUUUUUGUAUGGCGAUCUCGGAAGUGUACUGUGACCUCAUAUUACGGUGUGAAAACAGUUUUCAUGGGCACACACAUCCAAAAUAAUGUAUAUGAUUGCAAAAUCCAAUGCUUCAAACAGAAAGAGAAACUUUUAAUAUGAUUAAUAAAACAGAAGUCGAUACUGUCAUUAUCGGGGUUUCUUCAAUAAUUAUGCAUAAUAGUUGUUUGAUGCACAUUUGAUAUCUAGCUGUUUAGUUACGCGGGGGGACAUUAUCGGCCAACAUCAACUGAUUCAGGAAAGGAUUUUCAGUCAAGUAAUAAAGAGCCUGUGUGAUGAGACACGCGAUUUAACAAGAGGAUUGGACAGGUGUAAGCAAUACGGCCAAAAUACCACCAAGCCACUCAGAGGGUAACCAUGUCACCACCCAUCAAUCCCUCUCAGAUCUCUACAGGUGUCUAGACUCUGGGCAGUAGGGGCUAGGGGUUGUUUCUGGACAGGCCAUGGGUAUUAUGGUAGCUCGGUGUCUCUCUGGGCAGUAGGGUAGGUUGUUCUGGACAGGCCAGGGGUUUAAGGUAGCUCGGUGUCAUCUGGGACAGGCCAGGGGUUUUCUGGACCUGGUAGCUCUGGUGUUCUCUCUGGGCAAGUAGGGGCUAGGGGUUGUUUCUGGACAGGCCAGGGGUAUUAUGGUAGCUCGGUGUCUCUCUGGGCAGUAGGGGCUAGGGGUUGUUUCUGGACAGGCCAGGGGUAUUAUGGUAGCUCUGUGUCUCUCUGGGCAGUAGGGGCUAGGGGUUGUUUCUGGACAGGCCAGGGGUAUUAUGGGUAUUAUGUCAGUCAUUCAGUCAGUCAGCUGGCACUGUCAAAUACUUGCUUCCUCUGUCCUUGGGAGAAUCUCAAUUGUAUUUUCCUUGAUUCGUUGCAUCCUCUCUCCUCGUCUCGUUCUCAAAACCCAUUGAAUGAAAGGUCAGAGGUCCCAUCCCCUCUCACCUUCUUUUCCAAUGGGAUUUGAGGAGGCGAGGAGAGAGGAUGUGAAGAAAGAAGGAAUACAAUUGAGAUUCUCCCUUGUUUCCUGCGUUAAUCACCUCCCUCUCAAAGCACACUGGGGGAGAGGAGGGAAGGACACUGGGGGAGAGGAGGGAAGGACACUGGGGGAGAGGAGGAAAGGACACUGGGGAGGGAGGAGGACACUGGGAGAGAGGAAAGACCUGGGGGAGAGGAGGGAAGGACACUGGGGGAGAGGAGGAAAGGACACUGGGGGAGAGGAGGGAAAGACACUGGGGAGAGGAGGGUAGGACACUGGGGGAGAGGAGGGAAGGACACUGGGGAGAGGAGGGAGGGGACACUGGGGGAGAGGAGGGAAGGACACUGGGGAGAGGAGGGUAGGACACUGGGGGAGAGAGGGAGGAACCUGGGGGAGAGGAGGAGGGACACUGGGGGAGAGGAGGGAAGGACACUGGGGAGAGGAGGGAAGGACACUGGGGAGAGGAGGGAAGGACAGAGGAAGCAGGAAUGUGAGGUCUAG